AUGGCUGGCAUGGCACCUAAUCUAAGGGCAAGCUUGAGGGACGACUGGGACUACUACAGACUCAUGCAACAACGACUACCAUCGCCUCCACGACCACCACCGCAGCGGCCAUCACCACUGCCACAAAUAAUUCUUACUCCGCCGACAGGCGAGCUUGCUCUGGUGCCGGCUAAUUUUGGUCACCGCUGGUAUCACCACUGGGAGCCAUACGCGCCGCAUUUGAACUACCUCAACUUGUGGUAUCACACCUUGGUAACUCAAAACCCGCAAGGCGCGUCCUCUCAUUUCCGGAAAGUGAUCGACUCUCGACUUGGAUACCUAGGACUUGCCGAUCCCUCUUUCAAAAUGGCAUUCGAUAUACAGAAUCAUUGGGCCGUCGAAACGCCUCUCAGCGGUGGUCUCCGAUGUCACGAGUCUCUUGACCUUGGUACCCAAUCCCUGCGCCAGUUAGAUUUGGACGCUAUCAACCAUCAAUGUCGUUCCUUUGGAUAUGGUCGGAGAAAGAUUCUCCGGGAGUUUUUGCUCAAGAUGUCGACUGACUACAUGUCCACCUUCGAGAUCAAGCAUGAUGGCGAUUUGGUAAAGUACCAUUUGGAUACGCUUCUGCGCUACGAUGAAGUAAACGACUCGAACAUGGGAUAUAGAGGGCGUUUCUUCAAGCUGAACCUGCUUGUCAACAAGAAAUCGCGCUUCACCCUCUUCCCUCAGCUGCCACCCGAAGUACAAGCACUGGUCACUCAAUAUCUCACGACAAGCCAACCACGCCGCCUCCAACUCCGAUUCGCGAGGGACCAAGAGAUGGGAAAUAUGCGGCAGCCAGACACUCGUUUUUCUACUCAUGAAUUACGGACCGUUCCUCCGAUCCUCCAGGUCAGCAAGCAAUUCAGAGCAAAAGGCACCCCAUUCCACGAUUACAUCGAAUUGAAGUUCCUACAAAGAGACGCUCGAGGGUUGAUUUAUCUUCCUAGUGCCGAUAUGAUAUUCAUCAACAAGGCAGGGGCGGAAAAGGUAACUCCUCAAGCGUUCAGAGCAAGGCUUAUUGCAACCAAGUCUCUACAGAAGGUCAAGAGCAUCGCACUCUCAGUCGCACGCCCAAACUUCUCGGCUUUCGUCAAGGACUUCAAGAAUUAUGGUGGCUUGGAGCUGGUGUUCAUCGUGUUGACAGAGAUGGAGGAGGCCGGCGAUCGGAAGUGGGGUCUCGAGAAUACAGAGGAGAUUGUUGAUACCCGCUUGACAUGCAAGAAGGAAAUCCUCUUCGAAGUGAUCCAUCCGAGCAACUUAUGGGUUACAAACGUGUCAAUACCAGGCGUCAAAAGCAAGAGCCGUGCUCUCCCCAUGCAUAGAGAACCGGAGGUGAUGGAACAGUUGGUGAUGGAAAUGGCCAGAGGGCUCGGAAAUGUGAGAGUUGCGCCGAAUCUUCGGUUUGUGAGAUUGGUUAAGUGCCUCAAGACUCAGGAGCAACUUCAGGGAGGAAGCCUUCGAGGCAUUGCAGUUAGAGGCACUUAA